AUGGUAAGAAAAAGCGUAAAAAUCGCUUACAUCGUUAAUGACAAAGCAAGAAAAGUGGCAUAUAAGAAAAGGUGUAAGGGCUUAAUAAAGAAGGUUAAUGAACUCAGCAUAUUGUGCGACGUUGAAGCUUGUGCUAUCAUCUAUGGUGAAUAUAGCUCUCAACCUGAGGUUUGGCCUUCUUCGUCAAAAGCACAAGAUGUGAUUACAAGGUUCCAGAUGAUGCCUGAAUCGGAGCAAAAGAAAAAGAUUUUAAAUCAAGAGAGUUAUCUCAUAGAAAGGCUGCACAAGAUCACAGAAAAACUUGAUAAACAAGUCAAACGCAAUCGUGAAGAAGAGUUAACUCAGAUAAUGCUUAAAAGUCUUUCAAUCAGGUGCAUAAAAGAUCUCGAACUAAAAGAUCUAGAUGAUCUUGGAUGGAUUAUUAAUCGAAACAUGAAGGAAAUUGAGUGGAGAAAGAAUAAACUAAAGAGUGUGGAUAAUAAUUCUAAACUUGCACAAGAAACACCAAAAUCUUCAGCAGAAGCAACACCUCCGGUGCAAGUCACUGCACUCGCAGCAAAUCCUAGUAUUCAUGAGAAGAAUUAA